AUGUUACAAAUGAUGCUACUGAAUCAAUUGCAGAUGCUGAGAAGUAUCUACAAACUCAUAGGCCUAUUAAAAGGUGCAAGUAGGUUUCUUCAGAAAUGCCUUACUCCUGAAGAUGAUAAAGAAUCUAAUAAAGAUGUAAAUUCGUCAUAUUUUUAUGAAUUGUGUUCUUCAUCGAGUAAGAACACUUCAUUUGGAAGCAAAAAUUGGCCUUCUGUAUACUUGGCAAGUACCCCACAACAAGCUGCAGAACUAGGACUUAACUUUCCUAGUGUAGAUGAGGUUACUGGGACUUCUGGAAAAGCACUUCUUGUAGGUGGCAAUGAUAAUGAAGGUGUCAGUACUGAAGCACAAAUAUGUGCAAUCAUUGAGGUUCUUGGUAUAGAGAAGCGUAAUGAAGUGCUUGUUGCACUCUAUAUGGUUCGAACAGAUGUCAGCCACUCAUUUCGCCAAUUUGCCUUACAUGUGUGGAAGACUAUAGUUGUAAAUACUCCUAAGACUCUCAAGGAGAUAAUGUCAGUCUUGAUGAAUACCCUUAUGGGUUCUCUUGCUUCAUCAUCCUCAGAAAGGCAACAGGUUGCUGGAAGAUCAUUGGGUGAGCUUGUGCGAAAGCUCAGGGAGAGAGUGCUUCCCUUAGUUAUUCCUAUAUUAUCUAAAGGCUUGAAGGACCCUGAAUUCUAGUAGACGACAAGGUGUCUGCAUU